AUGUCUUCACGAGAAUCAGCACACACCUACGAGGUAUAUCCUCCACAUCAUGAUAAUCCUAAUCCACGGCGAGAUUCCACCGAUCCAAACGUGGUCCAUCACCUCUACUUCGAAGACAACGAUAGCUUUUUUCCACCUACUUGGAUUGGGAAAGACGAGGCCUCACAGCGACGGUUUCCCAACGAUAGUACAACAAGUCAAGCGUCCAAAGUUGAACAUGAAACGAAGCCACAGACUCGUGUUGCGCAACACUGA